AUGAAGUGCAUUCUGUGGGUUGUGUGCUUAUUUAAAGUAUAUUGUAGCAGCAAUUUUAUGCGCAUGGGAGUAGACAAUUCUAUUUUUGUUCCUUGUGUGAACACGUACAGUAAUUCAAUCAUUACAUCAGGAAAUACUGCAGGAAAGAAAAUAGAUAAAGAAAAAACAAUACUCUUUCAAUAUCCAGAGGAGUCUAAAGAUAAAGCAUCAGAGGUACUUAGCACUCUGUACUUUCCCCAAAUAGUUGCCACAGAAUCUGUUUCUGUCGCCAGCACUAUAAAUAAAAACGUAUCUGUAAAGGAUGAUGCUUAUAAUAGAACUAUAAGAAUUGACGAUCUGUACUCAGAUAUACCAGAAAUAUUACUUCUGAAGAAGUAUCUGCAAAAGAUUAUAAAUAAGAAAAAGAAAGAAGAUGUUCCUGUUCUAAGCCUGGGCAUGGUCACUCGGGGGUACCACACAGAAAACACAAGGGAUAUUCUAUUCCAAGUGAUGAAGGAUAUAUUCCCAAUGUAUCAGCUGCAUCUGAUGACAGAUGGUAUGGCACAGGCAAUUACUAGGAUAGUUACCACACCGUAUUCAACUGGAUAUGUGGUGGCGUACAGUCUGCGUGGUGAGAAAAUGGUUUCUGAGAUAUUUUUCUAUGAAAAGGCAGAGAAUGUAUCUGAUAUAAGCACAGUGAAGCUACUGCAUCAGAAGGAGUAUUCUGGGUACUCUGACUAUUCUGUGCUAAGCAUGGUAUACAACUACUUACUCACACAGGUAAGCAAGAUAGCACAGGCAAGGCACCCACACAUGAAUAUAAAAGUAUCUGGAACUCCAGACUUAGGGUUUAUCAAACCAGAGCGCACAGAAAGCGAGAAGGAUACUCUGCAGGGCGACCAGGAGACAACUGUGUACAACAUAGAGGUCCUUCCCUUGGUUGAUUUAGUGCUUCAGAGGAUAUGGGAGAUGAAAUUCACAUCGGAUAAGGAUUUCGAAAAGAUUGAGAAUUUGAAUGUGAUUCAAACGAUACGGACUCUUUCAUUGGAAUUGCUUCCAGAGUCAGACAAUGCAGAGGGGAAGCUAAUUCUUCUUCCAACUAUAGGAAAGGAGCAGAUCGAGAUAGACCUGGCCCUUCUUCUUGAGCAGAUAGUGCAGUAUACAGAAGGAGUCAGCGAAAAGAUCAAGACAAUGUUUGAGGAAACUACAAAGGUACUGGAGGACAUACAGAAGGACAUGGAAGGGCACGCAGAGAAAGAAGGCGAAGAAAAGCAAGAGAAGAAAGCCAGUGCACAUGUAGACACAUCUGUAUACAACGAUGUUCUCUGCCCGCAGCAGGCACUGUACCUUCUGCAUAGAGUAGGCAUGACUGGUGGAUAUGCCCCCAGCAAGUCUGACCUGGCAAGUGCUCCAUUACAGAUGCAGAGAAUGAACAUUAAAAUAGUUGACAUGCGCCCUAACAGUGCAUCCAGUUCAACAGGAACGUACCAGGUAGACCAUACACUGCGCACUUUUAGGGACUACACCCGGCCAUACACUCUGAACAGCGAGCUGAAGCAGUGGUGGCACUACAAGAAAAAUCUUGAUGAAGAAGUGGAAAUCAGGAGCACGCUAAGGGCACUGAUAAGAAACGAUGAAAAAUCAGCUGAGUACAAGAGCGCAGUGAACAAAUACGGCCAGCAAAGAGUCGGCGCACUGAUCAAGCAGGUGGAUGAAAUAAGAAAUGGUAUGCCAUACAUUAAAUUCUUCCAGAACCCGAAGUAUCAGGAGGUGGCCAAAGCGUAUAAGAAAAUGGUCGUAGACUCCGCGCAGAACUCUCUUUUGGAUAGAGACAUAUCCGCUCUUUUGAAGAAUAUUCCAAAUCUAGUCAAAAAUGCUGAGAGUGUAAUAUCCAAAGCGCAGGCACAAGUUCCAGCGCCUUGCGAAAAUCUUCAGAGGUUCCUGAAGCAGCAUCAACUGGAGAAUGGAAAGGUCAAAUCUGCAGAGAAGUAUUCACCAGAGAUGGACUUAGCUGAGAAAACUGCGCUAAAGAAGAAACUCAAGCAGAUUGAAGAAGGCAUCAAUUAUAGAACGUAUGUGAUAAACACAGACCAGAGACAGCACGAGGAAAUUCUCAGGCAAAUGCAGGAAGAGAAGAAAAAAGCAGAGGAAAUGGCAGCUGAAAAGGAAAAGGAAGAGAAUAAAGAGAAAGAAGAAGCGAGUAAAACAGAAAAUGAGACUAAAAGUAAAGAAUCAGUACUUGAAGAAUCCCCAUCUAAGCAAACAGCAGAAAACGCAAUUCAUUCAGAUCCCGCAGAGGACACAGAAAGUAGAGAAAGCACACCCGAGCAUAAAAUACCCGGAGAGAGUGUUCACCCACUUGAAGAACUGCCAAUUAUAAAGGAUGUUCUAUAAAAUAAAGUAAUGGCGC